AUGAAGACGAAAGGCAUCAUCAUCUUCUUCGCCGAAGUCCUUUAUCUGUUAAAAAAAUUCGCAAGUGAGCUCCUCAAUUAGGGCAAAAUUUUUCCUUUUCCGGUCUUCAACUCUCCCUUUCCUUUGUCACGAUCGGGAGUCGACGUUCGCAUCCGCAGAGGGACAGGGAGAGGAGACUAUGUCAAGUAGCAGAAACACCCAUUGGUGUUACAGAUGUAGGCGGCCAAUAAGAUUACAAGGGCGAGAUGCAGUCUGCCCCAAUUGUAAUGGAGGAUUUAUUCAAGAACUUGAUGACAUGGUGCACAUUAACCCGCUCGAUUUCUUUGGACUUGACAACGAUGAAGGUCGUGACCCACGGUAUCGGAUGAUGGAAGCAUUCUCAGCAUUGAUGGGGCAGCGAUUGGCAGAUAGAAGCCAUAGCCAUGACAUCAGGGGCAGAUCCGAUCUAUUUUCUGAGCAUAACUCUGGAGUCGGUCCUUUACUGAUAUUUGGCGGCCAGAUUCCUGUCAGGUUGUCUCGAAAUAAUGGAUUCGAGGCCCUUUUUAAUGGGGUUCCUGGAAUUGGAUUGACAAGGGGUAACGGAGGCGACUAUUUUAUAGGGCCUGGAUUAGAAGAACUGUUUGAACAGCUUUCUGCUAAUGAACGUCGGGGCCCUCCUCCUGCAGCAAGGUCUUCCAUCGAUUCCAUGCCCACUGUUAAGAUCUCACAGAGGCAUCUUCGUUCUGAUUCACACUGCCCUGUUUGUAAAGAACAAUUUGAACUCGGUUCAGAAGCAAGGCAAAUGCCAUGCAACCAUAUUUAUCACUCGGAUUGCAUUGUCCCAUGGCUAGUCCAGCACAACUCAUGCCCUGUUUGCCGCCAAGAAUUGCCGCCCCAAGGAUCGAGCAACAGCCGUCCAACUGCUGCAAAUCGGGGGAGCAGCAGUAAUGGCAACACCAGCGGGAGGGAGAGUCAAGGAAGGAGGAACCCCCUCUCGUACUUGUGGCCAUUCCGUUCAUCGAAUUCCAGCUCUCGCAACAGCGGAAACAGCCCGAGUAACUCCCCAACCGUGCGCGAAAACAACCACCACCAGAUGGGGUACUCUGGAUGGCCCUUUGACUAAGUCGAUGCGCCUUCAAUGCCACUUGCUUUGUGAUCCUGAUAACGAUUCAUGGUAAGAGAACUGCUUGUGAUGGAAUUGGCUUUUAGAGAUUGUGUGUUGUUUAAAAGUACGAUAGCCUUUUUCUCUUCUGUCAUUUCUGUAAAUGACUCCUUCGGUAAAAUCCUGUACGACGUGUUUUCAACUGUAUUGUACACUGUAAUUUUGCUCUUAAAGCUUGUGGGAAAGUCUGUGUGCCAAAUUUUCGACGUC